UCCCCCACAGAGACUUGGGAAGAGGGAGGGGGGCGGAGUUGGGGACGGAGGGAUCAGAAGACCCACAGCGCCUAUAUCUGAGGGAAGCUCUGGCCCAGGGCAGCAGUGCUGGUUCAUGCUCCCCUCUUCAUGCUGCUUGCCUCCUCCAGCAUGAUGCUGGGGACUCUGGGCCUUUGGGUACUACUUCCCACAGCUGUGCAAGCACCCCCAAGCAGGCGGACCUGUGUGUUCUUUGAGGCCCCUGGAGUACGGGGAAGCACAAAGACACUGGGGAAGCUGCUAGAUGCAGGACCAGGGCCCCCCAGGGUUAUCCGCUGCCUCUACAGCCGCUGCUGUUUUGGGAUCUGGAACCUGACCCAAGACCAGGCACAGGUGGAGAUGCAAGGAUGCCGAGACAGUGAUGAGCCAGACUGUGAGUCCCCCCACUGUGACCUGAACCCCCGAGCCCACCCCAGCCCCGGGUCCACUCUCUUCACCUGCUCCUGUGGCACUGACUUCUGCAAUGCCAAUUACAGCCGUCUGCCUCCUCCAGGGAACCCUGGGACCCCUGGCUCCCAGGGUCCCCAAGCUAUCCCAGGCGAGUCCAUCUGGAUGGCGCUGGUGCUGCUGGGGCUGCUCAUCCUGCUUCUGCUGCUGCUCGGCAGCAUCGUCUUGGCCCUGCGACAGCGGAAGGCCUGCAGCGUUCAAGGUAGGCCGGAGCCCGAGCCAGAGCCGGAGCAGGAGCCGGAGCCAGACUCAGGCGGGGACUGGAGUGCUGAGCUUCCUGAGCUGCCUGAGCUGUGUUUCUCCCAGGUAAUCUGGGAAGGAGGCCACACGGCCGUGUGGGCUGGGCAGCUGCGAGGCAGACUGGUGGCCAUCAAGGCCUUCUCCCUGAGGGCUGUGGCCCAGUUCCAAGCGGAGAGAGCCGUGUACGAACUGCCAGGCCUGCGGCACGACCACAUUGUCCGCUUUAUCACCGCCAGCAGAGGGGGCCCUGGCUCCCCGCCCUGUGGGCCCCUGCUGGUACUGGAACUGCACCCGAAGGGCUCCCUGUGCCAGUACUUGACCCAGCACACCAGUGACUGGGGAAGUUCCAUGCGGAUGGCACUGUCCUUGGCGCAGGGCCUGGCAUUUCUCCAUGAGGAGCGCUGGCAGGAUGGCCAAUACAAACCAGGUAUUGCCCACCGCGAUCUGAGCAGUCAGAAUGUGCUCGUUCGGGAGGAUGGGUCGUGUGCCAUUGGAGACCUUGGCCUUGCCUUGGUGCUCCCUGGCCUCACCCAGCCUCCCACCUGGGCCCCUACUCAACCCCGAGGCCCAGCUGCCAUCAUGGAGGCUGGCACCCAGAGGUACAUGGCGCCGGAGCUCUUGGACAAGACUCUGGACCUACAGGACUGGGGCACGGCCCUCCGACAAGCCGAUGUUUACUCUCUGGCUCUGCUCCUAUGGGAGAUCCUGAGCCGCUGCCCAGAUUUGAGGCCUGACAGCAGACCACCACCUUUCCAACUGGCCUAUGAGGCAGAACUGGGUAGCACCCCCACCACCUGUGAGCUGUGGACCUUGGCCGUAGAGGAGAGAAGGCGCCCCUGUAUCCCAUCCACCUGGCACUCCUUCACCACAGACCCUGGCAGCCUGAGAGAGCUGCUAGAGGACUGUUGGGAUGCAGACCCCGAAGCACGGCUGACAGCUGAGUGUGUUCAGCAGCGCCUGGCCGCCCUGGCCCGUCCUCAAGAGGCCCAGCCUUUCCCAGAGAGCUGCGCCCAUGGCUGCCCACCCCUCUGCCCAGAAGACUGUCUCUCAGCUCCUCCCCGCUGCCAUUCCCCCUUGUAGGCCUCAGCUGGAUGUCUGCUACUUCAGUGUUCAGCUAGGCCCUUGUUCCAGGAAUCCUCCUGUACCAUCUCUCACCUGUAAACACGCAGUUACGUAUAAUCUAUGUUCGUGCAAACAUAAAUCUGGUGGUCGGAUGCUCGGUGCUCCGCCUCACCACUGCCUGUCCUACCUGCUGAAUGCUUGGAUCCUUCUGCGCGCAUCCUGUACACUGCAGUCCUGACCAGGGAGAAGGGGUGGGUGAGAGAUAAAGUCAGCUUGAUCUCCACGUCCUUGGGCCUUCCCCGCUUCAUGUGAUCCAGGGCUCCUCCGGUCUCUCUUCUUUUCCUUCUCUAACACAGGCCUUCAUUUGGUGGGAUCGCAUGGCGGGCGCUAGGAGAAGAUGACAUCACUGCUUGGCAGGUGCUGAGAGACUCACAGCUCACCUGAUUGGGGGCACUGCCUGGGGUACUGGGGGAGUGUCCUGUCUGAGGCUUGAGUGGGAAGGCCUCACAGACCACAGGAAGCUUGGGUUUUCAACCAGCAGUUUUCCAGGCGUGGUGGGGGCAGGAGGCACAGGGUCUUGAGGUGCAGUACAAAGCAGCAAGGAACCUGGGUAGCAGAAGUAUCGGGUGUGUGAAGGAGAGAGCGGAGACGUUCUGUGGAAAAUCGUAGGCAAGGCCUUGUGAACCCUACUGAGAAGUUCUUCCUUCAUUUCUUUUUGUGCCUUCUCUACUGGCUUUUCUUUCCCACCCCAGGCCCCUUUCAUACUGGGUGCCCCUCAGGGACA